GACGCCAUUUCCCCACGGAUACGCUAGGGUUUUGCACCAUGGCGUCGGCGUCGCGCGCGCUCCUCCUAUCCAGGCUCUCAUCCCUCCCGGCCGCCGCCUCUCGCUUCCUCCGCCCGCUCGCCUCUGCGGGGACCUUCCUCCCGGCGGCGCUGGCCCCGUCCCCGGCGCCGGCGCCCGGGGCAUCGGCCAGGCGGUUCGCGACGCAGCCCGCGAACUCAGCCUCGAACUGCAGCAACCGUGCCCCCGAGGAGGCGAUCCCCGGGUGCGACUACGAGCACUGGAUGGUCAUCAUGGAGGGCCCCCCAGGAGACGCCAGCAACCCCGACAUCCACCGUAACGAGAUCAUCGACGGCUACAUCAAGACCCUCGCUCAGGUCGUCGGAAGUGAAGACGAAGCAAGGAUGAAGAUCUACUCUGUGUCAACUAGGCAUUAUUUUUCUUUUGGUGCCCUACUAUCUGACGAACUCGCCGGCAAACUCAGAGAGUUGCCUAAGGUCCGUUGGGUUCUUCCUGAUUCAUACGUGGAUGUAAGAAAUAAGGACUAUGGGGGAGAACCAUUUGUAGAUGGACAGGCUGUUCCUUACGACCCCAAAUACCAUGAGGAGUGGGUGAGAGGCAGUAAAAUUGGCAGAUAGUGUAGUCGUAGGUGUCCCAACUUUGACAGGGUAACUUUGAAAGGAGAAGGCAUAACACACAGUCGUACCAGAGCGGGCCUGAUCCACCAAGUUACCAGUUUCCCCCAUAGGUAACCCAAGCUACCAAUGCAGCGGCAACUACAACAACACCGCCCCACCUGCUUACGAAGGCAGGGACGGGCCAGGGGGGCAUUACCAAUAGAGAACACUGCUAGAAGAUUGCCGGUAGGAAAGUUAGUACGGAUUUUUAUGCAUAUAUUCUCUCUGAGAAAUAGAAUUACUAAAGCUUAGGCAAGUGCUCUUUUUUUUCUCUCUUUGUUGAAAUAAAUACAGUGUUGAGUAAGCUAUUCGUAUGGGGCCGGGAUAAACAAGUGCCUCAUGGUGUCAGGGUUUAAUUUUUUUCCUGACGUACUGUACAGCAACAAGUUCUCUGUGCCAUUCCUGACUAGAGUGUGUCACUACAUUUAUGCCAUGUUUCACCAUCGUUUUUC